GGUAACAUACACACAAGGACAUGAGCUGCAUCCCUGCCUGACGUUAAUGUCUCAGUUAUAACAUUAAACUCAUCGGCGGGGUUUAGAUGGCUGAUGCAGCUGCAGCCAGAUGUUUAGCUCGGAGGGUUUUCAGUCCCUUCAGCCUCCGAGCAGCGAGCAGCAGCCGGAAGUGCAGCUCCACAGAGGCGACACAGCAGGACAAAACACCCAAGAGAUCUAUCUUCAAACCGUCAGCCAGCUCCACACACGACUGGAUCGGUCCUCCGAACCAGCUGUCCAACACCUGCGGGCCCAUCGUUUACCGCAUACCCGAAAACGAGUCGGAGCUGGAGAAACGGCUGAGGCACCUGAGGCAGGAGACGGAGGACUGGAACCACGACUUCUGGAUUAAGCAGAACAUCUCUUUUAGAAAGGAAAAAGAAACUUUCAUCCAUUCACAGCUGAAGGCGAAAGGUUUGCCUCUGCGUGAUGAGCAAGGACGACGGCCGAACCUGAGCAGUGAAGAAAUGGCCGUGUUUUAUAAAAGCUUCUGGACACAAACAGAAUACGACAUGCAACUUAUAACAGAAAGACGAUAA